AUGCCACGUUUCAAUGAUGACGGGGACUACGUGGGGCCGCUCUUGCGCUGCCCGCAUUCACAUGCAGAUCGAGCCUGCGGUUUUCAGGAUGGCACUUGGAAAUCGGCCGCCACGGCGGCUUACCCUUCGGAGUUCGCUGCUUUCUUCGCCCGUCUCUCUUUGAGUGUCGUGCCUGAGCUGAGGGCCGUGGCUGACUCCGACCUGAUCCCGGCCAACAUCCCUUCUUCCGCCGAAGCCUUUGCCACGGAGUGCAUCACACGCGGUUCUUUCGAUCGUGCUUCAGUUCAGAUUCUUUUCGACUUGCUUCCUAAGACUCGGCCUCAUAAGAUCACAGGCAGUGCAGAACCUGGUACCGCUUUCUUUGGAGGCACUGUGCACCAGGAGGGUCUCACUACACCGCGGUCCACUUGUUUUACAUUCCCCGAGUCCAUGCGUGUGAUCAAUGCUUUUCUUCACUCCGUGGACCCGCACCACCGUUACGCUGCCUUUGUUCUCACAAAGAACGUCACUAGUGAGGUUCAUCGUGAUCCGCGGAACGCGGCCGUGCCCAACUUGAUUGUGGCAAUUUCCUCCUUUUCUGAUGGUGGCAUUUGGAUACAAGAUGACUCAGGUACGCAGGUGCGAUCCUUUCACGGCUCGCCCGUCACAGGCACUGUUCACUCCUUACAAGAUGGACCCGUCUACCUGGAUGCCCGUGAAUGCUUGCAUGCUACCCAACCUUGGGUUGGGGAUCGUCUCAUCGCCAUUGCAUACACCCCUCAGAACGUGCACCUGCUCUCGGCUGACGAUUCGGCUUUUCUGGCUUCCUUGGGCUUUCCUGUCUUGGAUUCCUCUCCUGCGGGGGGCGAGGCACCAGCGGAAUCCUUCGUUUCCUCAGACAACUUUACGUUGGCUACAGCAGUGCCGACGAUAGACAACUCAGGCACUGGAGACGCUCAGGAGGUCGUGGUGGUCGAUCAUGAGGAGUCGGCCAGGGAAGCUUUUGACCCCAAGACUAGUCGCGCUUUCGGGCAGCCCAUGAUCUGCAAGUUUGAAAUGGGCAAGCAAGAGUUUGUGGACGGCUUCGGGUUGUGUUCGCCUGGCCGUUGGGCUCCCGAGGCGAGAGAGAAGUUGGCGUCGAGUGAGGAGGUGGCACAUGCAGAGGGAAUUCGCGGAUUGCUACGAGACUUUGUGAUUGAUCAGCUGAAAGACCCCAAGGACAUGGCAUUCCGUCUCGCGACGGGCCAUGUGAAGAAUUCUCCUUUCGCGGAGUCUGCCUUGCAGAAGUUGAGGCAGAGGAUCGUCGGGUUGAUCCCAGGGGAGUGCUUUCUUGGAUUCGCGUGUCAGCUUGCAGCGAUUGGUCUCGAGGGAGUCGGCAAUGUCUCGCCGGGAGAAGGAGACGAGCAAAACACCUUGGUGAUCCUUCACAUGUCGGACUGGCUUCAGACGGCAAGAUCCAGUUCGACGCACCGAUUGAAAACAAUGGUCUUCGAGUAUGCCUUCGAUUGCGCGAUGCCUCAAGAGUUCCGUCUCGACUGUGCCAUGGCUCCUUCCUCGGGGGGCGCUGUGGGUGCUGAGCGGAAAAGGAUGAUGGAUUUGGCGGCCAUGGAGGCCGCGACGUCGAGUACUCAGCUGAUCCUGCCUGUCAGCUACAGAAAGUUCAGGGGAGUUGCGCCGCGCAACUAUGUUCUCAAAGCUAUGCUUGAGGGUGAGCAUGCUUCCAUCGAAGACUUUCUGGAAAGGCUCAAUGAGGAUGCAAGUGCAGUUGUGGGAUCGGCUGUGCUUGUGGAUGAGCUCUUUCAUGUACGUGAAGCCCUCGUUCUUCUUUGGACCGAGCAGCUGACAAAGCGGUGUGAUGGCGACCCACCUUGGGUGGAGCGCCUCCAGGCGAUGGGACAUUUCCCGAGCACUACCCUGUGGUUUGCUGACGGGGACUUUGGCCUUGCUCCGGCGGAGGCCUAUCGCGAUGCAAUGUCCAGCCGCAGCGGGGCAGCCGGGAGCAAGUGGCAGCAGCGCUGCCGCUCUCUGGUGGGCGACCUGGAAGAUGCGGAGCCGGCUGGGCUUCCCGAAGUGGAGGCGACCAACCAUGGCGAUGCUGCUCUUCCUUUGCAGCCGGCGGACAAAGAGCCACCUAGCCCGGCCUCUCCCUGCCUCCUUGGUAACAUGUUUUCUAAGACCGGUGUGGACUUCCUCGGGGGCCCCCUGGGCGCCACGGCCCAAGGUGGCAGUGCGAUCGAGCAAAGUUGUGGCACGGACUUUCUUGGCGGCCCCAUCUGGACGGUGAUGCAAGCGCAUGUAUUUCCUAGUGCCAGUGUGGAUCAUGUGCAGCCUGUGCAGCAAUCCCUUCCGUGCCUUCCGGUGUGUGUGCAGUUUGGGCUUCCUGCCAUCCAGCGCUGCUUUGCAUUCCUGCAAGGUGUCCGUGUGGGUGAGGCAAAGCACCCGGGUGAUGGAUGCCAUCCCCCUUUCCCCUCUUGGGUUCUAGGUCCUCCGCGCCGCCGGGCCCCUGCAGGCGAGCCGAUGCUUAGUGUGUGCCAUGACUGGAAGAGGGGAUGCCGCCUGGGCGAGGCUUCUCACCCUGGGCCUGGCUUCAACCUUGACCUUGGUAACCUUGGGGAUAGCCUUGGCGAUAGCAUCAUGAAGUCGAUCAAGGAGCAGAUCCAAAAGGCAGUUGACGAGGCGGUGAAGCAGGCCCUGGCGUCGCUCAAUCUCGGCCGGGGCGUGGCUGCUGCCCGGCCGUCCGGCGAUCCAGCCAUGCAGCUCGAGCCAAAGGGAAGGCGCAAGAGGAAGCGUAAGGCCAAGCAGGCCACGAGCCACCCAGGUGGCAAGCCCGACGCUUCGGGCAGUGAGUGUGCAGGUGGCCGCCAGAGCGCAGCCAAAGGCAAGGGCAAACCUGCAGAAAAAUCCGGCCCAGCCAAGGUGGCCCAGCGCGGUGGCCCAGGUGACUCAGGUCAACGCCGGGGCAAGGGCAAAGGCGGUUGUGGUGAGGCAGGCGGGCAGGAAGCCGGUGAUGGCUGGAGGGUCAUCCAACGCAGGGCCCCGGAAGGCGCCUUCAAGCUCCGAAAAUCUGAUUGGGACGCUCCGGUCGUUGAGUACGCUGCCCUCGCUGAGUUCAUUGACAAGCCCUGGGGAUCCGAGACCUCGUAUAUCAUGGACUUGGCAAAGUGCUCAAAAUAA